AUGGCACCUAAUAGCGCCACGGUCGCCGCAUUGCUAAGGCAAACAGUUCACUAUCAUCUUGACAACUUUGCCUAUGACAGCGCCAUAUUCUUCGCCGAACGCCUGCAGGCCUACGACCCACGCUCCUCCGAAUCAGCCUAUCUACUAUCCCUCUGCCAUUUUCGCCUUGGCGAUUCCAGAUCAGCCUACGAAAUCAGCAAGCCACCAGGCUUUCGAGGUGUACACUUGGGAUGUGCCUUUAUAUUUGCGCAGGCCUGUUUUGACCUGGAGAAAUACAAGGAUGGAAUCACAGCUCUGGAGAAGGCGAGGGCACUGUGGGCUACUAAAUGCAGCAUCGGAAGGCACAGCGCUUCAUCAAGAUCUCCCUAUCCCGACGCCGCGGCUUGCAGCUGUCUUUUAGGAAAGUUAUAUCGAGCAUUGGACGACAAGAAGAAAUCGGUACCAUGCUUCGAGGAAGCGUUGAAAGCCAACCCUUUGAUGUGGGAUGCCUUUACCGCGCUUUGCGAUAUGGGGGUCAACGUCAGGAUACCAAAUGUUUUCAGGUUUAAUGAGCCGUUUGCGCGCAACUUCGACUUGGAAAACGGCACAGCAAGCGAACCGAACGGCCCCGAGCCCCUCCAAAGGAAGGCUGGCAUGCAAUCAGCCAGCGAGAGUGAUCCAUUUGACGCCCCCCGUCCUGCGACGUACCAUAUGGACCCUUCCGGAAACGACUUAUUUACCGAACCUGCCCCUAAUGACUUGAUGGCCAAGUUUGCUGCGGCCCACUCGAGGUACAAUGGCAAUCAAGGAAGCAGGAAUGGAUCGGAUGGAAUGGAAACCCCAACUGGCUCUGCGCCGGUUGGUGCUCCUGAACCUCAGGUAUCACGAUUAGGACACCCGUCGGAACCACCACAGGCACCAAACCGUCGGACCCGUGGUGCCCAAGCAGUGGAACCUGCCAUCUUCGAACCUCCACCAAGACUUGGUGGUUAUCGUUUGGGUUCAAAGAGAAGAGAAAGAACCCAAGAACAAGCAGCAGAUCCAUCAACAGAUAAUUGGUCCAAACCUACCGCGAUUUCAUCAGUGACCGAUAGAAAACGCACAGCAUCGGGGCAUCCAGUACAGCCACGUCCAGCCAAUGGUGAGGAGCCACGGAGGAGUGCGAGACUGAAUGUGCUGCCGAGACCACCUGCGUCGAGGGCGAACGCUGGUGCUACGGCUCUGGGGACGACGGCUACCCGAGAACUGAGGAAGGCUAGACCCCCUAUUUCUAGGAUAGGCCGCCCAGGGGCAGCCGUGGUUGGCAGGGUUGUUAGUGGCAAUCGGAAGCCUAUUGAGGAAAAUGGAAUGGAUGUCGAUCAAGCCGAAGCUCCGCGGUUUAAGGAACCGCCGCCGAUGAUGCAAGCGCCACCGCCCAAGAUGACGCUUGUUGAACCUGAGCCGGUCAAGAUUGACGAAGCAUUGAGAUGGAUUCUAGAGCUCUUGAAAAAGAUGGCCACUGGAUACCUCCUCUCAUCACAAUUCCGCUGCAAAGACGCGUUGGCGGCGUUUUUGUCGCUCCCUCGCAGCCACCAAGACACCCCAUGGGUGUUGGCCCGGAUGGGCAGGGCGCAAUAUGAGCAGGCAAAUUAUGCUGAAGCCGAAAAGCUAUUCAGACGCCUCCGAAUGCUAGCCCCUACUCGCCACGAGGACAUGGAGGUAUACUCAACAGUCCUCUGGCAUCUCAGGAAGGAGACUGAUCUAUCGUUCCUGGCACACGAACUCGUCGACGCCGUAUGGGAUUCACCCUAUGCCUGGUGCGCCUUGGGCAAUGCGUGGUCCCUUGCUUGCGAUCACGAGCAGGCGCUGCGUUGUUUCAAGCGUGCGAUUCAGCUACACCCCAAAUUCGCCUAUGCGUACACACUCCAAGGACACGAGCACGUAGAGAAUGAGGAAUAUGACAAGGCCCUUACGGCAUAUCGACAGGCUAUUUCAGCCGACAAGCGGCAUUACAAUGCCUACUACGGAAUUGGGAAGGUGUUUGAGAAGUUGGGCAAUUGGGACAAGGCGCUGAGUCAUUACAAGGCAGCUUUGGUUAUCCACCCAGACCACGCUGUCUUGAUUUGUUGCGUGGGAACUGUGCUGCAACGGCAGAAGCAGAUCGGCCAGGCGCUUCCUUACUUCUCUCGGGCCGUCGAGCUGGCGCCACGGGCACCUGAAAUCCGACACAAGAAAGCCCGGGCUCUCAUGGCGACUGGUCAGUUCGAAGAAGCGCAGCAGGAGCUUUUGGUUCUGCGAGAUCUUGCGCCGGACAAGGCGCAAGUACACUUUUUGCUUGGCAAACUGUCCAAGUUGCUCGGAGACAAGAAGUUGGCAGUGCGCCACUUCACCAUUGCUCUGAGUCUAGAUCCCAAGGCGAGUUCACAAAUCAAACAGGAGAUCGAGGGCCUGGAAGAUGAUGAUUGCAUAGAGGACUCGAUGGUGCAUUGA